GUACAACAAAAUCAGAGGAUCGAGCUGCCCUACUGAAGAAGUUUAAUGAACCUGGGUCACAGUACUUCAUCUUUUUGCUGAGUACGAGGGCAGGAGGUCUGGGCUUGAACCUCCAGGCUGCUGACACUGUUAUAAUCUUUGAUAGUGAUUGGAAUCCUCACCAGGACUUGCAGGCCCAAGACCGAGCUCAUCGAAUUGGUCAGCAGAAUGAGGUUCGAGUCCUGCGACUAUGCACUGUGAACAGUGUGGAGGAGAAGAUACUUGCUGCUGCAAAGUAUAAACUAAAUGUAGAUCAAAAAGUUAUUCAGGCUGGAAUGUUUGAUCAGAAAUCUUCAAGCCAUGAGCGGAGAGCUUUUCUACAAGCUAUAUUAGAGCAUGAGGAAGAAAAUGAGGAAGAAGAUGAAGUUCCCGAUGAUGAGACUCUGAAUCAGAUGAUUGCUCGGCGUGAAGAGGAAUUUGAUCUCUUCAUG